AUGGAGCAGUGGAGCAAUGCUAAGAAGUACUCGGUUGAGGAAUUAAGGAUUGAUGAGUGGGCGAUUCCUAUAACCGAUUACUCAAAUUUUGGGCGUCGCAAGACCACCGAUCCAGGGACCGAAGACUUUGUGGAGCUUGAACCGAUACAUUCCAACUUCCUACUGCUCUCUUUUGAGGAAAGCGUUCGUCAUAUUAGCUGGAAACAGGUUAUACCAUUGGACACUAAAGUGCGCGGCGAGGGGGUUUUUCUGAACAAGCAAGCAUGCCAAUUGUCGAAAUUACAAGAUCCGACCAAUGCGCUCAAUCGACGCGAAGUACUUGUUUGCCUAAAUGUGAUGACUUUUGACGCAUACACCAAAGACUAUCGCUUCCUUCAUUGGCCAGUCGUUGACUACUUUUGCUUUUAUGGCAAUAACUAUGUCAAUAUUCCACCGAGUGGCUGGAUUUGGGCGGCUCAUCGUCAUGGAGUUCCCAUCUUUGGCACUUAUGUUGCGCGCUGCCCUAUACUUUUGGAGGAGGCGCUCAGCCAGAUGGAUCUCAUUGUGAAGGCUUUGGUUAACUUAUGCCAGCUGUUGUGCUUUGAAGGCUGGAUGAUUUCCAUUGAGUGCGAAGUAUCCCCCGAAAAAAUGGCGCCACUGUUGUCUUUUGUUUCUAAGUUGCGUGCGGCCAUCGAAAUGGAAAUCCCGGCCGGUCGAGUUUUCUGGUGCGAUAGCGUCACCAGCACUGGCGAGUAUUUAAAGCAGUGUGAGUUAAAUGAGGAGAACAUUCAGUUUUAUCGCUGCACACAAAACAUAGUUCUUCAAUCUGACUGGAACGAGGCUAAGCUGGAAAGGACCGCAGCAACACUUCGUAAGGAGAAGGGGGACCUGCUUAGUGCCUUCUUCAGAUUCGAUCUUAACGGUCGGGAUAGGUUGGGACGCUUUCAGAACAGCAUUAAGUUGGCGGAGCAGCUCACAAAUGGCGGCUUCUCGAUGGCUAUCUUUAUUCCCGGCUUGCGUUUUCGUACAUUUCGUAAGGGGAUCGCUGCCUUACGGGAUAGUAUUGGCGGUAAUACUGUUAACAUCGAUUUCCUUGAUUCCAACGAUCGCUGGUGGGGUCGCGUCUCGGAGUUCCUGGCCAUACAUCCCUAUCGCAAGUUGCCCAUAUAUGUGGACUUCUGCGUCGGUAUGGGAAAUGACUUUUUCUUUCAUGGCCUCAAAAGGCGUGUAUCCAAGGCAUUUGUCAACAUAGCGCGCCAAUCGUUGCAGCCAUCGGUGUCUAUCCAGGGCAAUGCGGUGCACUGCUUCAGAGAAGUGUUCGCCGGCAGCAAUUCCUUGUGCCUUACCAACUAUGAGCGUCCCUUCCGCAUCUUUCUCGCAGACAUCGAUUUGACUCAAUCAGGCUCCCUGCUCGUGGCUUAUGCCUUCAAAGUCGAGGAUGGCGCCACUCUUGACGUCAUCUUGCGCUUCUGCCAUCCCAAGCAGACGGAGAAGGAUAUCUAUAUCUUCUGCGGUGACCACAAUAGCCACGUUGUCUGUACUGGGCGAGGCUACGUCUCUUCAUUGUCUCCGGAUGCAGCCAAGCAAUUCGAAAUUAAUGAAAUCCCGGCCGUUGGCGACUCCAUUAACUUUGGAUGGUAUACACAAUACUAUCUGAUGCACUUCGAUGGCGACGUGAAGCUCAAGGACAUCGGCUUGAAGAGCGAACGGGCCCCCAUAACCGAGGCGAAAACUUUCUUGGGCAACAUUCAUUUAAAACACAUUGGGCCGCAUGUGCCUUUGCGGACUGCUGCUCUCCAGGAGAGGGCUCAUAUCAACGUUCAUAGCGGAAAUUUCUGGAAUGAUUCGUCACGGUCAAAUGGUCCCCAAAUCCAAUUUAACUAA